AUGUCCACUGCCUCUGCUCCCGAGACCUUUGACUCCUGGGUCGGCCACGACGUCACCGACGUCGUCAAGGGCGAGCUCAAGUUUGAGCCUGUCCCCGUAAAGCCAUGGGACGAGGACGACAUUGACGUCAAGGUCACCCACUGCGGCCUCUGUGGCUCCGACUUUUCCAUGCUCGCCGGCCACUUCUUCCCUCUCCUCCCCCAGCAGGUCUGCGGCCACGAAAUUGUCGGCGAGGUUACACGCAUCGGCUCCCAAGUCAAGGACGUCAAGGUCGGCGACAGGGUCGGUAUCGGAGCCCAGUGCGACGGCUGCCUUGAAUGCGAGUGGUGCGUCAAGGGCGAGGAGCAGUUCUGCCCUCAGAUGACCUUCACCCUCGGUGCUCCUUACCCGCGCGGCAACGCCAAGGGCACCUUUUCCCACGGCGGCUUUGCCAAGUAUUGGCGCGGUCCAGCUCGCUUUGCCAUCCCCAUUCCUGCUUCGCUGGACUCUGCGGAGGCUGCGCCGUUGCUGUGUGCCGGUGCCACUGUCUAUUCGCCCCUGAAGUACUAUGGUGCCGGCCCAGGCAAGAACAUUGGUGUCGUCGGCAUCGGUGGGCUGGGGCACGUUGCAGUGAUGCUAGCCAAGGCGAUGGGCGCGUCGGUGACUGUCCUCAGCCGUGGCGAAGCUAAGCGUGACGAGGCCAAGCAGCUCGGCGCCGACGACUACAUCCCGACUACAAAGGACGCCGCGGCCGACGUCAAGGGCCGCGAGCGCUCUCUGGACUUCAUUAUCUGCACCAUAAACCCCGAGUCCCUUCCCGCCAGCGACUACAUGACCAUGCUCAAGCCCCGUGGCACCUUUGUCCUCCUUGGCAUCGUUCCCAAGCCCCUCGAGCUCAGCACCAUGGGCAUGGUCGUGGGCGUUUCUGGUAUCGCUGGCUCGCAGAUCGGUUCUCCAGCCGAGCUCAAGGAGCUCAUGGAGUUUGCUGCCAAGCACAAGAUCAGGCCCUGGGUCCAGAAAUGCUCGAUGGACAACAUCAACCAGGCCAUGGCCGACUACCAGGCCGGCAAGCCCAAGUACCGCAUCGUUCUUGUCAACACCGACAACGGCGGCACGUUGUAG